ACGUGCAGAAGCGGUUAGGCUGCUUGCCCGGGGGCCCGUGCACGUGCAGAAGCGGUUAGGCUGCUUGCCCGGGGGCCCGUGCACGUGCAGAAGCGGUUAGGCUGCUUGCCCGGGGGCCGUGCACGGGCCGUGCACGUGCAGAAGCGGUUAGGCUUCUUACUCAGAAGCGGAGCGGGUGAGGUGGUUGCGAUUCUUGCUCAGGACUUGUGGAAAUGCGCAUGUACAGGGCCAUUAGAGCCUAGACAUUGGAUAAAAGAGGUUGCUUGGCGUUCAUUGAAAGUCAGAGAGGUCAAAGGGGCCUGAGAUUCUGCCCGGUGAGGACCGGAAACUGGACGGUCGGAGGAGUCACAGGGCUGCCAUGCCAGGCAUCUUUGGCAGCUCAGUGCCCAAGCUCCACAAGGCUGCCCGCAAGGGCGACAAGGCCAAGGUGGAGCGUCUCCUCCAGAAAUGGAACACGGUUUACAGAGACAGCAAGCAAAGGACUGCUCUGCAUUAUGCCAGUGCCUAUGGCCAUCCAGAAGUGGUGAGACUCCUGAUACAGAAAAAGUUUGACCUUAAUGCCUGGGACAGUGACCAUGACACCGCUCUGAUUAAGGCUGUAAAAUGCUACGAGGAAGACUGUGUUAGUAUUCUCUUGGAACAUGGUGCAAAUCCAAAUAUUGCCAAUACCAAGGGCGACACUGCUCUGCAUUAUGCAGUUUACAGUUCAAAGUCUUCACUAACAGCAAAACUGCUUUCGCAUGGUGCCGAUGCUGAGGCAAAAAACAAGCCUUAUCCCUUAAAAAUAUAAGUGACUUGGUGAGUU